CAACCACGUCUUCGGGCUCCGAGCUCGGUGAGUCAGAAGACCCGAACCAGCGGACAAGGGCUCACGAAUCGCUGUGACGGAGGGGAGCACCCGAUCAGGCCUGCCCUCCCUUCAGUCUCUCUCUCUUUCUCUCUCUCCCCCUCCCACCCGCGUUUCCUCUCUCUCUCUACCUCCUCCUCCUCCUCCUCCUCCUCUUUCCCAAACCUUCCCGGAUCUUUCGGGCUGGUGUCGGCAUCGCGUCGGGAAAGAAGUCUCCCCUGUUUUGGUUGGUGGGCUUGCGCGCGUCUUUCCUUUUGCGCCGGGAUCCGCCGGAGGGAAAGAGAAGGGAAAAAGAAACCUUCAGCACCUUGGACAGCGCUUCAGCACCUUGGACAGCGCACGCGAGCAAACAACAUGGCUCCGAUUACAGCCAGCAGAGAAGAAUUUGAUGAAAUCCCAACCGUGGUUGGGAUCUUCAGCGCCUUUGGGCUGGUCUUCACUGUCUCGCUCUUUGCUUGGAUCUGCUGCCAACGCAAAUCUUCAAAAGCCAACAAGACUCCUCCUUAUAAAUUUGUCCAUGUGCUGAAGGGGGUUGAUAUUUAUCCGGAGAACCUCAACAGCAAGAAGAAGUUUGGCGCAGAGGACAAAGGGGAAGCCAAAAACAAGCCUAUCAUGACAAAGACGUCUCUGCAUCUUGACCUGGAGAAACAAGAUCUGAAUGGCAACUUCCCAAAAACGAUCCCUAAAGUACCAACUUCUUCAGAUGUUGAGGGCUUUACUCCAAAACUCUUUCCUGAGAGGGAAAAAGAUUCGGUAUCUCCUGACAGCUUGAAGUCUACCACCUCAAUAUCUUCUGAAGAAAAGCAAGAUAAAUUAGGGACUCUCUUCUUCUCCCUAGAGUACAACUUCGAAAAGAAAGCUUUCAUGGUGAACAUCAAAGAAGCAAGGGCCUUACCAGCCAUGGAUGAACAAUCCAUGACUUCUGAUCCAUACAUCAAAAUGACAAUACUGCCAGAGAAGAAGCACAAGGUGAAAACUCGAGUGCUGAGGAAAACCUUAGAUCCAGCUUUUGAUGAAACUUUCACCUUUUAUGGAAUCCCUUAUACUCAAAUUCAAGAUCUGAGUCUCCAUUUUAUGAUUCUGAGUUUUGACCGGUUCUCCCGCGAUGAUGUCAUCGGAGAAGUCCUGUUUCCCUUAUCAGGAAUCGAGUUGUCUGAAGGAAGGAUGCUGAUGAACAAGGAAAUCAUCAAGAAAAAUGUUAGGAAGUCUUCUGGACGUGGUGAAUUGCUGAUCUCACUUUGUUAUCAGUCUACAACAAAUACGCUGACAGUGGUUGUUUUAAAGGCGAGGCAUCUACCUAAGGCUGAUGUUUCGGGAUUAUCAGACCCGUAUGUCAAAGUCAACCUUUACCAUGCCAAGAAACGGAUCUCCAAAAAGAAGACGCACGUCAAGAAGUGUACCCCCAACGCGGUGUUCAACGAACUCUUUGUCUUUGAUAUUCCCUGCGAGGGUCUCGAGGAGAUCAGCAUCGAAUUCUUAGUACUGGAUUCAGAUAGGGGCUCCCGGAACGACAUCAUCGGCCGGUUAACCUUGGGGGCUUCAGCGGAAGGCACGGCGGGAGAGCAUUGGAAGGAGAUCUGCGAAUAUCCCAGGAGACAAAUUGCGAAAUGGCACAUGCUGUGCGACGGCUAACCAAGGAAGGAGAGGGAGAAGUUGGACCUUUUCAAAGAGAAAUCCCAUAGGCAAGGAUUCGUUUUCUUUCUUUGCAAUGUAUAAUCACAGGCUUGUGCUCUUGGGGGGAGAGGGGUGGGGGAAAUCUUUAUUGUUAUCGUUAUUGUUAAGACCGGAUCGAACUAUCCCAACAGAAGGCAACUGACAUUUUGGUUGAGGUUCUCCUCUUCCUCCUCCUCCUCCUCUUCUUCUUCAUUCUUUUUUUAUUUUGCAAAAAUCAAACCAUCAUCCUAUAUCACAGGUUUCUAUUCUGCAAGAGAACACACCACUUUAGAGACACAUCCACUACUAUAACCACAAAUUGAAACUGGUUUCUUUCUAUUUUUUUUUUUUAAACAAAUAGAUUAGGAAACUUAGAUCAUCGUUGUCACCUAGAUGAUACGACAGCCUCGUUUUGAUACAUGCUCGGAGAGAAACACCUGUGUUCUUUGUAAAGUCGAAAACAUGAAGCGAAUUAACGGAAAAGGACUAAAAAAAAAAUAAUAAUGCGCAAACGGGAAGGAAGUUCAUCCUUCGAUUUGAUUUUGUUUUUCCCCUACCCGCUUAUGAAACCGUAAGGGUUCAUUCAUACUUUAAUACAAAGAGUUGGGAUUAUUUUUGAACAUUUCAUAUUAUUACCAGCCUAACCUGUUCCUUUCCCAACUAGGAGGUGACAUCUUUUAAACUUUACACAAAGGAGUAAAGAUAAAGUAAAGGAGAAUGCAUUUUUGAGAUACAUGCAAUCAGCAAUUAUACUACCAUCCUUGGUACGGUUCACUUUGUUUAAUCAAGGGCUUAGAAGGGAAUAUAGGUGGUGUAAAUUUUACUAGGAGGUUAGGGAGGUUUGUGCUUUUACAUAUAGCCUAUGGUGAUUUUUUUUUUUAAAAUGCAUUUAUUUUAUCCUCUCCUCCCCCCACUCCCCGCUUCCAGCAUAAUACACGUUUCUCCCCCAGAUCUAACCAGGUGAAUAUACUGUAGAAAGUUAUAUAAGAUAUUGCUCUUUUUUACCUGGUAUAUUUUGAAACAGCUCUGGAUCAAACUGAAACUUGUUUCUAUUUGUUUUAUUAUGCGAGACCUAAAAACAAAAAGCAAACAAAAAAAAAAAUUAAAAAAUUCUAAAAAGAAAAAAAAAAACCAAGAAAAAAGUUAGGAUAUACAUACCAAGCACUGAUUCUUUUUAAAAACGAUGCCAUUAUCACUGGGUAAAUAUGGGAUUUUAGCAGAAUCGGGCUCGCGGUGAGCUUUUACACCUCGCGCUAACUCACAUUGUAGAUAAGCUGUUUUGCUGUAGCAAUUCAAGUAGCUCCAUGCAGGUACUCCUCGACUUACGACCACAAUUGAGCCCCAAAUUUCUAUUGCUGGGUGAGAUGUUUGUUUUGCUCCAUUUUAUGACUGUUCUUGUCACCGUGGUUAAGUAAUUCACUGCAGGUGUUAAACUAGGAAGAUGGUUGUUAAGUGAAUCUCCCUUCCCCAUUGUCAGAAGUUUGCAAAAGGUGAUCACAUGACUCUGGGACAUUCCUAAAUAUGAGCCACUUGCCAAGUGUCUGAAUUUUGUUCGGACCUAGGCUUCCUUAGAAAGCAUGAAGCAAAAUCUUAAGUUUGGCCAAACCUCUUUUAUUUAAAUGACUGUGAAUUACUGUCAUUCACAGUCAACAAGGCUUUGGCAAACAGUCUUUCAGAGGAAUGUUUAUCAACACCCACCGUAUCUCACUUGGAAUGCUGCCAGAGAACCAAUUUCCAAACGCAGGGCAAGGCCAAACUCGGAACAGAGUCUAUUUGAGUCACGAACAGAACUUUCCAAUCUUGAAUCGAACAAAUGAACUAAUUGCUUCCUGCAAAAGCCCACGUCCCGUUCACUCCUCUUUUAUGUCCUAUGAGAGGGGCCAAUUAUCUCCAAGGUGUGGCCCUACUCCCGAAUCGACCCUGCUUUCUUAAUUGGUCUUUUCUUCUGGCAGCUCUGCGCAUGCGCACACUGGGAAUGGGCUCCAGCUGUUCCUCUGCCUUGCUGCUGUCUAACUCCCUCUCUGCCUCCAACGCAGAGCCUUCAUCCGAGCUUUCCUUAUCCCCCAGGACUGGCCUAAGUUCCUCCCCAACCUCCUCACUGUCCGAUUCUGCUGCCAACUCCGCUGGCCGGCGGUGGGCCACAACAGAAAUGCUGAAAUGGGCGUAAGUGUGAAAAACGUCAUAAGUCACUUUUUUGGUGCCGUUGUAACUUUAAACGUCACUAAAUGAAUUGUCAUAAGUCGAGGACUACCUAUAUCAUUUGUGCCAUUGGGUGACUGUUGAAAAUCAGAGGGGCGUAGUGUCAGAGCUAUCCUGUCAAUGCAAGAUAUAUGCAUCAUACGAUCAUUAUUAUUUUUUUACAGGUAUGAGUGGGUGGUAUGGAAUUAAGUUUAGGAACCUACCUUCCAUCCAGUCAUGUCAGCUCAAGGAUGUGUACUUUCCUCCUACUUCCCUUAGGAAUCUUCCUGACUAACUAUUUUUAGACAGAGAAACCCAGAUUGCGUGAGCUCCCGGUGGGCCACUUUCCAUAUCUGAUGGGUUGGACAUCAUGUGGUGGGUACCAGAAUGCACUGGCCAAUGCAACUUACCAUAUUCUUCAGAGUAUAAGAGCACUUUUUCCCCCCAAAAAGAAGGUGAAAAUCUGGGUGCGUCUUAUACUCCGAAUGUAGCCCCGCCCAGCUUCUCAAAUGGAGGUUUCAGAGGCUGAAAAAGCAUCAGAAAUAAAGCUUCAAAAAAGAAGCCGCCAAACAGAACUUCAGAAAAGAAGCCUCCAAACAGAGCUUCAGAGGCUUUUUUUCUGAAGCUGUUUCAGAGGCUUUCAGAGGCAGAAAACAAAGUUUUUUUUUGAAACGGAGUUCCAGAAGUUUCAGAGGCAGGAAAAAAAGCAAAAAAAAGCAAGGCACAGAGCUCACAACCAAGGAACCUGUUCCUAAAAUUCACCUCUGGGAACAGCUGAUUGGGGGAUUCCGGGAGGCCGAUCCACCUGCCAAUCAGCUUUUUUUCUUAUUUUCCUCCCCAAAAACUAAGGUGCGUCUUAUACUCCGGUGCGUCUUAUACUCCGAAAAAUAUGAUUUGUGCAAAAAAUGUACCCAGCUUGUUCACCCAUGAAACUUACUUAUAUGUUUACAUAGAAACUCUUUUAAAAACCGAGAGAUCAGCACAAUUGCAGUAGUCCAGUGCCCAAUCCUAUUCCUUGCAGGUGGGUGGAAAGACGUAAUUCUUUAUUCCAGUGAAAUUUAGCAUAUCCUCCAAAAUCACCUUUGGAGGCAGAUAUGGUUUAGUGCUAGGCAGAACAUGUGGAAUAUUGCAUGGGGCGAACACAACGGCCCAUAUUUUGAGGGGAUCAGUCAUAUAGGUAGAAAUCAAUGGGAUAUAAUUGUUCUGAUUAUGGGAUCCUUCACACUGGAAUAUAAUACUCUGUGGAAGGAAUUCUCAACAAACUGUACAGCAGUGGCCAAAAUUGUGGAACCUUUUUGGGAAAAGUGUAUUUUCUAAAACUAGCUAAUCACACCACUAUUUCUUGGAGUAGUACCAUAAAAUUAUAUAUCAAUGGAAAGAUAAUUGAAUCAAGAAUGUAAUGCAAUCACUUUUAUGAAGGAUUUGCUAUUAGAAUAGCAGUUACAGUAUAAAGAAGAAAAGUGAAACACGUAGAAAAAAUGAGAUAUACAAAAAUGAUGACCAUAGAAAAAAACGAGAUAUACAAAAAUGAUCCCCAUAUCAGUUAAUACUUAGUUGGGUAACCUUUAGCAUGAAUGAUGGCCUUACAACAUCUUCCCAUGGAGUGAACCAAGCUUUUUAGUUCUGCAGCUGUUAUGAUGUGAAACCAAGAUUGAAGAUGUCUUCUAUUAACUGGGUUUUAUUGCUGGAUCGCUUCUGACUAACCAGUUUCUUUAGUCGGCUCCAUAGAUUUUCAAUUGGGUUAAGGUCUGGGUUCUUCCCAGGCCGUUCCAGCAGUGGAAAAGGAUUAUCUUGAACCCCCCCCCAAAAAGUGGCUUUAUUAGCCAUCAAACCUGCAAAAUACACUUUUCCCAAAAGGUUUCCACAAUUUUGGCCACUACUGUAGUGGAAACAACAAACCUGGAAAUUUAGAUACGCAGAGUUCCAUGUUGAGAAAUGGGCCAUUCUACAAGAGAUAUGUCUAGUGAAUGAUUUGGAGAAGACAGUUGUGAAAGCAGUAUGAAUAAGGGAAUGGUGGGAUCCCUAGAGAUAUGCAUGGAAAAAAUAAUAAUAAAAUUAUCUUGACCUAGUUUCCAUUGGCCUGUAUUUGGAGUUUAAGACAACCUAUGUACAAGAACAUAAACCUUGUUCCUUAGAUAAAAGUGUUGCUAAAAUGAGGGCAUGUUCAUUCAGGGAUAGACAAUAUUUUGGUGGCAAGGACUACCCAAUUUUUAGGGAAGCCCAAGGCCCACGAAAUGUUGGCGACCUUUUCACAUACGGGGAUGGGUCUUCGCUUUUAAGGGUCAGAUGUCUAUUUUUGGUCUUGCAAUGCAAUUUUUAAUCCGUUUCCCAACUGCAAAUGGCAGGAGGCUGUGAGGUCAUUUUUUUCAACAGUCAUGGUCAUAAGACCAGGAAAAGAAGAUUUGGAGACCAUGUGUGGUCUUGAGGGUGCAGGUUGAUCACCCUUGAUCUACGUCUUCUUGGCCGCACAACCUUUAUGUGAAAUUUUAGGUGCUGAGAUGUUACUUUAGCCUUACAAGCAAAAAAAAAAAUGACAAAAAUGAUUUGUGCGAUUAGGGUCCCAUACCCAUGGAUUUCAAGGAGACACAAUGUCAAUUCGCAAAGCAUCCCUGGCCUGCUCUCGAGUUGCCAUAGGCCAGGGGGGAUAGGAAACUGGCAAAAAGGCAGCGAAAGACAGAUGCACAUUCCAUGCUUAUCUCUUUCAAGGCUGUAUCCCAGGGUUACCUACAGCAGCUGGAGGGGAGUGACCUCUACAACCCACAAAAUAGCUCCGUUGGAAUGUGAUUGAUGAGACACCCUGGGGGGGAGGGGGGAAACAGGGUCAUAAUUGGGGCGUGAAUUACAUAGGGUCAGAGCUGGUUUCACUUGGGAACGUGCGGACAUGAAGCUCCUAAUAAAUAACUGGAUUUCUUUUGAAGCUUGGCUCGAGGCUCAUGAUUUAAUGAGGGCAUCCAUCGGAACUCUGACAGCAAGCCAACUCUUGAACCCUGACACACAGCUGACCAAAAUCCAUAUUUUAAUUGACCAGAGAGCCAAAGUACUCCAAAACUUAAGGAACCAAGACUGGAUUAGCCCCAUCAAACAUGAACUAUAAAAUGGGGAUUCUGGUGAAGAAUUAGAAAUGGCUGUUACUAGAUUCAUCAUUGGCCAGAGCAGAAUCAGAAGAGACUGGAAUAUGAAAUAUGCAACAAAUAUUACUGAAAGAAUUCCACUUGGAGCCUUUCAGGGCGUUCUUCUUUUUUUUCGGUGGUGAUUUAUCCAGGUUUUUGAAUGAUGUGUUUGCUAUAAUGGUGUUUGUAUAAAUUCUAAGGCAUUUUCAGACAUGCUUUUUAUUAAAAUGCUCUAUGUAAAGGUAACUUGUAAUGCAACUUGUGUGUAUGAAGGGUUCAAAUCGAUUUUUUGUUCCAUUUUAGAAGAUUUGUAGGCCAACAUCUGUCCAGGCUUGAAAUCCUCAGACUGCUUACUCCAGGGUGGUCCUACUAGAGUAAAGAUGAAUGUGGGUCUAAGUCCCGUAAAUUCUACAAAGAUGACUUAGAAAGCUUCAAAUAAGCUUUCGGAGGAAACACAAAAAGGGUUAAUUCAUGAGUAGCUGAGAAGGUGGUCCUUUUCUUGGGGUGGGGUGGGCCGGUGGGGAGGAGGUUAAAUGUCAAGAGGACAGCCACAGUCAUGUGAUCAAAGCCGCACCCAUUUUUAAAUGUCUAUUCCAGACAUAAUAACAAGGGCAGGAAUUUAUGUGGCCCUUAACUAUCAUUGUGACUUUCCUCCCUCAUUAUCUGAGCUGAAUAGUUAAAGUAACUGAGCUAAAUAGUUUAAAUCAAAAUAUUGACAGGGCCGGUAGAACUCCUAAGCAGCCUUUACAGAAAUAAUCUCCAAUCCACUCUUAAUGAAAAGAUGGAUUUUAAAUAUCGGCAUCCUUAGCCCUAGAAAUAAUGGAACACCGCUAUCAAGAACUCCACAUAAAUUGGGAUUAUUUUCAUUGGAGUUCAAGAAAUGGUUGCGUUAAGAUUAAUAUCGGUGUGACCUAGCGAGUUUUGAAUGGCAUUCUGGGGUUCCUUACUCCUCAUUGAUAAGAUAAAUUAUGGAGAAUAAACCUCUUUGAAUGCUGGCUACUACUAACUGUUUUGACCACAUUUAAAGCUUGGUUUAGACUUGUCUGCAACUGCACAUAAAUGUUGACGCCUCUGAGAAGGGGUUGAUAGGUAAGUGUGGAUUGCAGAUGGGUUGACGCCCAGAUUCUCCCAAAUCUUAACUACACAUGGUGUGGAGAUGCACAUCCUUAGUGCAGAUGGGUUCAUCUGAUUUCCCGUUAAGAUUUUUUUUUAAGCACGGGGGAGGGGGGUCUCCAAACUUGGAGACUUUAAGAACGGUGGACUUCAUGGCUGGUUGAGGAAUUCUGGGAGAUGAAGUCCACCAUUCUUCAAAUUUCCAAAUUUGGAGACACCGCCCCCUCCAUUUUAGCACCAGAACAUUAACCUUUGCAGAAGUGUAUAAAUGCAACAGCUAUGCAACUGUCUCUGAAUGACAGACACAUACAUUCCCUGGUGUGCAGUGAGGCAGAAGUCUUAAGAGGACCUUCAAAGUCCUUGACUAACAAUGUUCAGAUGGCCCAAAACUUUGAAGGGCCACCCAUGGAAAUAGAGCAGAGGUCUUCAAACUUGGCAGCUUUAAGACGUGUGGACUUCAACUCCCAGAAUUCUGGAAUUGAAGUCCACACGUCUUAAAGCUGCCAAGUUUGAAGACCUCUGAAAUAGAGCGAAGAGCUUUCUUCAGACAUCUUGAGAACGUGCAGAGGUCCACACAGGAGGUCUCCACAGCUAGACAGUUUGGAAAUGUCUGUCUUGACACUUAACUAGCCUGUUUUCCCCAAAAUAAGACCUCCCCUGAUAAUAAGCCCAAUCGGGCUUUUGAGACACGGCAAUAAGGCCAAGCGCUUAUUUCAGGGUUAAAAAAAAUAUAAGACAGGGUCUUAUUUUUGGGAAAAUACGGUAGCAUCUCCUAGUACCAAAUCUCCUUGUACUGUCUCUUGAUAGUUUUAGCCAUGAGUUCCUUCUGGACUCAAAAAAAUUAAAAAAAAAAUCACUUCAGAACUGUUUGUUAUCUCUUCGUUUCCUUUUUAAAAAAAUAAUAAUAAUAAUAUAGGGUUGUGAUAAUUUGUCAUUUUGCCUCCCAGUGGGUAAUAAUUGGAUAUCCGACUUCUUUUGGUAGUUUGAAAGUAGUGUUUUAUAUUUUUUUUCCCCCUGCAAGGGUGUUGACAGCUGUCAGCGUGGGAAGGAACACUACUUUUAAUGUUAGGCUACUUGUAAAUAAGUUUCUAUUCUUUUUUUCAUUUUAUCCUUAAAAAAAAAAACACACACACACACAAAUAAGCAUUUGUCUCAGUGGUGGUAUUUAGCCAGUUCUAUCUGGUUCGGGCAAACUGGUAGCGGCGGCUGAGGGUGGCUCCACCCACCCGCCUGGAUGUAAUCACAUCCUAUUUAUCCAUGUUUUUGAUGCUCUACACAUGCGCCGAAGGCCCUGUGCAUGCACGGAAGGCCCUGUGCAUGAGCAGAAGGCCCUGUGCAUGUGCGGAAGUGACGCGUGCGAGUGGUUUACGAAACGGUAGCGAAGGGAAGGGAAGACCACCCCUGAUUUGUCUCGCCAUGUACCAGUUGUUGACCCACUGAGAACUCAAUGGGACUUAAAACAAAUAUACUCAUGCCUUUAAGAAAUAAGAGGGGGCGGGUGGGAAAUAAUAUUGCUGUUUUAUAAAGUACUUGGUCCUUCAUGUGAAUAUCUUGAAAUUUGUUAAGGAUACCGUCCUGUAUUAAACAUGUAAAAUAAUAUUUGUCUAAGUAGAGAUUGAAAGAAAAAACUUUAAAAAAAAAAACCACAAGUAAGGAGCUUAUUCAUGUCUGAAGAUCUGUUGUAUCUCAAUAGCCAAUUUGUUAAUGAUGUUGUACAUUCAAUAGAAGUUUUUGGGGAGAAGGCAUGGUGUCAGAGGAUUUGUAUGUCUUUUGUGGUUGGCUCUGUAUGUUGUCCCAUGUGUGUAAGAUCAGAAUAAACUGCUUCUUUCAUUCAUUCCA